AUAAAAAUCUCUGACCCGAAAAACCCUUGGAUACCAAAUUUAACUCCGUCCCGACCGUCCGUAUUUACGUGAUGAUGUUACAAAUAAGACGCCUUCAUUUUUAUAUAAAAGAUAAGCAAUUAGUUAUUUAUAAAAACAUUUUUUGUACAGUCUCGCCGUUCAAGUGUAAGCAGAUGGUUGCAAAAAAUAACAACUAGAAACCAUUCGUCAAAUAUAUAUAUCGUGCCGUUUGCCAAUUUUUCAUGAGAAGAGAUUUCACUUCCGGUUUCUCGACGCACCUUCUAAGUGAACUUACACGUGAACUGUUACGAACGAUCUAGUACCAUUGUUCCGAGCAACCUACUAACGUCUCCAGAGAGUUGAAUUCUUCCUUCUGUGAUGGCCACAAGAUUGGAAGUGACAUCGGAGCUCUAUGCCGAAACCGAUUUCGCAACGACCAACACAGAUAGUGGAACUAGCAUAUCUAAAUUUACAUUCGUCUAUCCGGCAAUGACGAGAAGGGACAGUGCCAGAAAUUCCAUUAACAACGGAUCUGACUCUGAUAGUAGCGAGCAAUCUGCUUCAAGCCAAGUGAAUGUGGAAUCAACAAAGAGUGCGUCCAAUGAUGUGAAGGCAAUAAGUUAUGACGCUGAUGGAGACGCCGUGGUCGAACGAAAACGGAAAGGCCUAGUGCAAAUCGAACAUCAAAAGUCGACUCAACUGGAUCUGGUCGGAUUACAGAUAUGGCGUGGUGCACUUCUUCUGGCAGAUUAUAUUUUGCAUAAUGAAAAAAAGUUCAAGAAUAAAAAAAUCCUCGAACUAGGUUCCGGAGUAGGAUUGACCAGUAUAGUGGCCAGCAUGUACGCCAGGGAAGUUCUAUGUACAGAUAUCGAUGUCGGUGGCAUACUAGAGUUAAUACGCUUGAAUGUAAAUCGUAAUCUGCAUCUGAAAAGUGUUGCCUGUAAGGUCGAAGUCACCGAGCUCGAUUUCAAGGUCAACUAUGACGAUUACCCCGAAAAGCUUAAAAAUCAACUCAAAGAUGUGGAUUUUGUCAUAGCAGCUGAUGUGAUUUACGACGACACCAUAACUGAGGCCUUUGUUGUUACACUAGAACGACUAUUGCUGGAACUGCCGAAACUAAAAACAGUCUACAUAGCCCUGGAGAAGCGCUACGUUUUUACCAUCGAAGAUAUGGAUUCUGUUGCACCGAGCUACGAACAUUUUCUUCGAGUGUUUCAUAAACGAAAUGCUCGAUUUGGUUCUAACCGUUGGAAACUGAUGCAAGUUGGGUUGAAUUUCCCCCGUUACUUUGAAUAUGAAAAAUUGAAAGAUCUUGUUUUGCUCAAAAUUUCAAACUAAUAAAGUUUAAGAAUGU